AUGCGAGCAGCCCGGUUCCUAUCUAACGAGAAACUUCGCAGUACUUGGGUGACCUGGUAUAACGAACUUGUUGAGAAGAAAGAGGAUCAAAUUUUUGAGACCGAGGAAGAACAGAUGCCCCUUCAAAUUGCUGCCCGCUUUGGACUCCAUGGGCUUGUGACACAUUAUGCCUCCAUAAUUCCAACGGCCGAGCAGGCCCACUCCACACUGCACGAUGCACUCAAUAUUGCAGCUAUGCAUGGCCAUGAAGGGAUUGUAGGUGCUCUUCUCGAGCAUGUUACUGGUAUAUCCUCCCAUAUACUUACCUUGAGUGUCAAGGCUGGAUCUUCUGGUGCUGUGAGGGAUAUAAUCGGCGUCGGAGUAGACGUCAACCAGGCGGAUAAUGAAGGAUGCUACGGGCCCCUUCACUACUCUGUUUUGGUUGGGUCCCCUGAGAUUGCUACUAUUCUUUUGGAAAAUCAUGCCAAGGUUGACAGGAAGGGGCCUCAGGGGCUCACUGCAUUGCAUCUCGCCGCCAUGACCGGGCAGGUGCCGAUGGUGGAGUUACUUUUACAGUUUGAAGCAUCCAUCAAUCUGGCAAAUGACGCAGGAUAUGAUGCGCUGAAAACUGCAGCUCAUGCCGGCUCAAGCGAAAUUGUGAGAUUGCUGCUCGAUAAGGGUGCCCAACCUAGUGCAGUGGCUCUAGAUGGGAAAAAUGCUCUUCAUGUAGCCUCAGAAGCUGGGGAACCAAGAAUUACCAGAAUGAUUCUUGACCGGGCGCAGGACUUGUUUGUAUGCAAUGCAAAGGGAUAUACGCCUGUGGAUCUAGCAGCUCAGCGAGACAAUCCGGCAGGGUUGGAAGAGCCGCUACAGCGGACCAGUAACACUGAUAAUAAAUUGUGGUUUUCGAAAGAUGAUUCACUUCCUUUCUUGGCCUCUGAAGCUCUAAGUGGCCAUCGAGGCACCGCGAAAUGGUUUCUACAUCCACCCAGGGUUCCCGGGAAGAGGGAAGGAAGUUGGGCUGUUUAUCAGGCUGCAGCAAAAGGGAAUACUUUUACCUCGACAGAGCUUCCUCCGCGAGCAGAACCCGAGACUUGGCCUGUCAUCAGGGACGAACAGGGGCAAACCGCACUGCAUGAGGCAAUCGAUAACGGUUAUCAAGCGGCGGUGGAACAGCCUCUGGGAAUCUCAAGUUUUGAUAUCAAUAUGAAAGAAGAUGAAGAAUGGACUAUGGUGCACCGCACGGCGCAAUCUGAUGAUAUUGCGAUGACGAAAUCUCUGAUUAAUUGGGAGGCCGACAUCAACGCUAGAGACUCAGAAGGAAAAACGCCGUUGCAUCUCGCGGCCCAAAAGGGCCACUUGAAAGUGUUUCAACAGCUGCAGUCUGAAAUGGCGGAUUUAAAUGCAGAAGACAACUACCACAACACCCCCCUUUCACUAGCGGUCGAGGAAGGCCAUAAAGACGUGGUUUUACACAUCCUUGAAAAUGAGAAUGAGAAAAUAGCUGCUCGCGAGAUAGAAGUUUACAAAGGUCCGCUUCACGUGGCCUCGCUGCGUGGAUAUCACGACCUAGUGCAAUCAUUUCUUGAACAUGGCUGGAGCGCUCAUCUCCGCGAUGCAAGGAAGAAUACUCCAUUACAUUACGCAGCUGAAGGCGAUCAUUUAGAAGUGGCUCGAACUCUACUCAAUGCUGAUGCAGACAUUAAUUCCACAGCAAAUUAUUACUCGAACUUGCUGUUCUUCACUGCGCGAAGUGAUUCUCCGAAUGUUCUACGAGCUCUACUCGAGAAAGGCGCUAAUAUCAAUACUCAGGACAACACUGGUGACACACCUUCAUACGGAGCAGCCUGUUGCGGUGCUUUGAAAGCUGUGAAUACUCUCUUAAGCUGGUCACCACCUCCAGACUUGAAUCUUCAAAAUGAUGACGGCCGGACCGCACUUCAUGCAGCGUAUGACUCUCCUGAAAUCACCCAAGCAUUGCUCGAUGCCGGUACCAACCCAUUUAUACAAACUGAAGAUUCGAAAACACCACUCGCUCUCGCUAAUUUCUAUGGCUAUAAAAAAACAUGUGAUACCCUUAUCAAGGCGAUGAUUCCACAAGCUCUGCAGAAUGAGGCUCUACACAUGGCCGCUAUCCAUCAAAUCUCCCAAUUUGGUAAGGCACAGGACCUGAAAAGCUUGCUUGAUGGUGGUUUCAAUUGCGACACCAGCGAUGAAGAUGGGACCACUGCGCUUCAUUUUGCAUGUUUGAGUGUAAAAGAUGGCACACAAGCAAUUGAAAAAGUGGAAAUGCUAGUCGAAUGCGGUGCAAAUUUGACGAAGAUAAGCAGUCGCUGGGGAACAUCACUAUGUGCGGCAGCGGCCGGUGGUAAUGCAGACAUUGUGCAGCUGCUGCUCAGCAAGGGAAUUGGGAUAGAAAUCUCUAAUGCGCAGAAUCAGACUCCAUUGAUGUUUGCCAUAUCGAACAACCAAAGCGAUGUCGCCGAUCUACUUCUUAGACAUAAAGCAGACCCAAACCAUACUAACGCGAAGGAUGGCUCCGCACUUCAUGUCGCAGUUCGUGAGGGUAAUCUUGAUACCAUCAAGUUGCUAAUUGGUCACGGGGCAGAUCCCACAAUCGAGGUGCCGAAGAUUCCCGGAGUGCUUCUUAUGGCUGCUGGACAAAAGGUUCGAGGCAUCAUUGAGGCUCUCGUGGGGACAGAGAGGAGCCGCGUACGCCUGCGCGAUUCCAUUGGGCGCUCACUACUUAUGAUCGCAAUAAUCAAGAGAGCGGAAGAAGUCUUGGACUUUUUGUUGGGGUAUGAAAGUAUCGAACUUGAUGCACAAGACACAAAUGGAAAAACAGCACUCAUCAUUGCUGCAGAACUGUGGCGUGAGGCCGUACCGAAACUGUUGUCCAAGAAGGCCAAUCCAGACCUUCAAGACGAUGGAGGAAAAUCAGCCUUAGUCUAUUGCAUUCUGAACAAGGACCUACAGAAUUUAUCAACGCUUCUUCGGCAUCAAUCCACACUGACUAAGUUGGACGCUCGAGGCCGAAGCCCACUAUAUUGGGCAUGCUUGACAAACAACACGGAAGUCUUCGACAUAGUUCUUCAGGCUGUGAAAGAUUCUGGAUCAUUCGAGUGCCUCGCCGCAGAUGCUGUUCGAGCCGCGGUUGCUGUGAAAAAUAGCAAGUUCGUGGAAACGCUGCUUACUGACUGCAAUGUCAACCUGAACACACCGUCUCCGGAUGGAUGGUCUGCUCUGUUCACUGCAAAACAACAAGAUCUUUCUGAUAUUGAGUUUAAACUUCGAAGUGCUGGGGCAAAUGAUGAUGAUGACCUUGUUGACUCCUCAGACAUCUCUCACAUUCCGUCCCACUUGCAUCCCAAAGACAAACAUAUAUGCUUGGAUGUUAGAAGUAACGGAAAAAUGGUGAUUGUCGUGGAUGGCCCCCUUAUUGCCGAUUAUGAAAAUCAAAGCUUCGGUGUCGUGCGGGCUGAUUUUCCGAUGAGUGGCAAAGGCAUCUUCUAUUUUGAGGUUACCAUAACCAAAAAAUCGAGGAAAAACGUCAUCGGUAUCGGAUUCUGUGACGAGAAAGCGCCGCUCCAUAGAAUGCUUGGCUGGGAUUCAGGUUCGUGGGGCUUUCACGGGGAUGACGGAAAAAUCUUUGCAGGAUAUGGAAAGGGGAGACCAUACGGAAAGGGGGACUAUUCCAUUGGCGACACCAUUGGUUGCUGCUUUGACCCCAAUCAGGGGACGACAUUCUACACGAGAAAUGGCAAAUCGCUAGGUCUUGCAUUUCGAGGUGUGAAAGGAAAGCUUUAUCCUGCUAUUUGCUUCGACAUAAGAAGCCCCGGGAGUAGCGUCAUAGUGAACUUCGGAGACGAUGAGAGCAAGCCGUUCGUAUUUGGAGGGCCAUAUGAACUUGAACAUUCAGAAUCUCUUUUGUCUAUCCCGCAAGAGUUUGACACAACAAAUUCAGCCUCCAAGAUGCGCCAACGACGAGCUCAGAGAAGACAUUUCAUCAUGGAGUGA